GGAGCGGGAGGGAGAGGGAGGAAGACACUCGCACGCCGAGACUCGGGCACCGGAAUUCCAUUAGAAAAAAGUGAGCCGGCCGAGGGGGAGCGGGAGGUGUUUUGAAUCUUCCCUUCGUCUUGGAGCGAAAGAAGCGACUCGGGUCUCUCGUCCUCCAAGCUCCCGCUGGAUUGUUCCCCGGUGCUUCCCCCCGUCGGCGGAUUGCUUUCCUAUUUGCGUUUUUUUUUUCCUGACCCCCACCCUCGCCGCUUCCUUCCAGCCCUCCGCAGCCCCGUCGCCUCUCCCCCACCUCCUCAGGCCCCUCCGAAGGCGCGCAGGGGAUCGGACCCGCAGGGACCCGCGCCUCCUGGACCAGCGGAGGGACAGCAGACUCCAGGACCGCUGUCGGCUGGGAAGCAGACAUCCACAGAUUGACCCUCGUCUUUGAUUUUAGUGGGCAAGGGGGCGUCGAGAGGCGCCCACCGCCUUCCUUCCUUUACCCCCUUCAGCCAGAGGCGAAAAUCGCAGGACUCAGGAUCUUCAUCCGGCGGACGAGCUGGGAUCUCCGCAUUGGAUUUGGGGCUGAUUAUCACUGCUUGGCUAUUAUUAUUGUUGUUGUUAUUAUUUUUUUUUACCCAAGGGAGAAAGACAAAAAAAGAAAAAAAAAAACAAAACCCUGGGAUUUAUUUAACAUGAUCUUGGCAAACGCCUUCUGCCUCUUCUUCUUUCUAGACGAGACCCUCCGCUCUUUGGCCAGCCCUUCCUCCCUGCAGGGCCCCGAGCUGCACGGCUGGCGCCCCCCAGUGGACUGUGUCCGGGCCAAUGAGCUGUGUGCCGCCGAAUCCAACUGCAGCUCCCGCUACCGCACGCUGCGGCAGUGCCUGGCGGGCAGGGACCGCAACACCAUGCUGGCCAACAAGGAGUGCCAGGCGGCCCUGGAGGUCCUCCAGGAGAGCCCGCUGUACGACUGCCGCUGCAAGCGGGGUAUGAAGAAGGAGCUUCAGUGCCUGCAGAUCUACUGGAGCAUCCACCUGGGGCUGACCGAGGGCGAGGAGUUUUACGAGGCCUCGCCCUACGAGCCGGCGACCUCCCGCCUCUCGGACAUCUUCAGGCUUGCUUCGAUCUUCUCAGGGACAGGGGCGGACCCGGCGGUCAGCGCCAAAAGCAACCACUGCCUGGACGCUGCCAAGGCCUGCAACCUGAAUGACAACUGCAAGAAGCUGCGUUCCUCUUACAUCUCCAUCUGCAACCGCGAGAUCUCGCCCACCGAGCGCUGUAACCGCCGCAAGUGCCACAAGGCCCUGCGCCAGUUCUUCGACCGGGUGCCCAGCGAGUACACCUACCGCAUGCUCUUCUGCUCCUGCCAGGACCAGGCGUGCGCCGAGCGCCGCCGGCAGACCAUCCUGCCCAGCUGCUCCUACGAGGACAAGGAGAAGCCCAACUGCCUGGACCUACGCAGCGUGUGCCGCACCGACCACCUGUGCCGGUCCCGGCUGGCGGACUUUCACGCCAAUUGUCGCGCCUCCUACCAGACGCUCACCAGCUGCCCCGCCGACAAUUACCAGGCGUGUCUGGGCUCCUAUGCUGGCAUGAUUGGGUUUGACAUGACACCCAACUACGUGGACUCCAGCCCCACUGGCAUUGUGGUGUCGCCCUGGUGCAGCUGUCGUGGGAGCGGGAACAUGGAGGAGGAGUGCGAGAAGUUCCUCAGGGACUUCACGGAGAACCCCUGCCUUCGGAACGCCAUCCAGGCCUUUGGCAACGGCACGGAUGUGAACAUGUCCCCUAAGAACCCCUCAUUCCGGGCCACGCAGGCCCCUCGAGCAGGGAAAGCGCCUUCCUUGCCAGAUGACCUCAGUGAUAGCACCAGCCUGGGGACCAACGUCAUCACCACCUGCACGUCUGUCCAGGAGCAGGGGAUGAAGGUCAAUAGCUCCAAAGAGUUAAGCAUGUGCUUCACAGAGCUCACGACCAACAUCAUCCCAGGGAGUAACAAGGUCAUCAGACCUAACUCAGGCCCCUGCAGAGCCAGACCAUCGGCCGCCUUGACUGCUGUCUCCCUCCUGAUGUUGAAGCUGGCCUUGUAGACUCUGGGCACCACGUCUGGAGAUUUCCAAAAGCUGUGUGGCUGAGAGCACCCGCCUGACGAAAUGGACACACACACACACACACACACAC